CUGACAGCUGCCACGGUUUUUACUGUCAAAAGGUCUGGUCCAGGUUCCAAUAGGCAACAAAACCGAAGCGUAGCACUUUGAACAAAACCCUCGCUUGCGCUACCGUACGUGCCCACAGCCAUUUCACUCCACUGUGCGAUACCGUCGGCCACACCACACCGCUGGCCUAUAGCAUCCUGAAGACGCGAACCGUGUGAUGGCUUUUCCACCAUCCGGUGCAAAUCAGGACUUGACGAAAAAAAUUCUGGAAGACAUUCAAAUAAAAAAGCAGCUGCUGCAGAAGGGUGGCAACUCGACCUCGGCCGGAUUUGCCAACCUGUACACACCGUCAUCGGUGUUCUCCGGUCCACAGUACGCAGCCAAUAACGCCGGAGCACCACUGGCCACCGACGGGUGCGUGAACGCCGUUGCAAAAGCUGUCUGGAAUCAGGCGAUCACCCAAUCGUUCGGGUCCUUCAUACCGCAAGACUCCGUGUUCGGUAACUGCAUCCUGCCCGUGCUGCCGCGAUACGAAAACCCACCGGCCAACUCUUUCAACAGUCCAUCGAAAACCUGA